GAUUUCAUGGUCUUUCAUACAAUUUGGCAGCCAGAAGAAAGUACUGAUCAAGGUAUGAUUUCCAUUCCUACGUUUAUGUCUGGUUUAUGGUUAAACUUCUGAUGUCUUCUGAAAACUGGGCGGGUUUUUCAGGUCUUUAAGAAUAUGUGAUUACGUUCAAGAUGCAAAAUUUUUCAGUGUCAAGAGAAGAGUAUUUAACAAACUAACGGAUUAAAAAAACUCGAUCGGGUCAGUAUAAAACUGGUUAAAGUGUAUUACCGGGGCUGACGCUUUAUAUAAAUAGAAUCAUGUGUUUAAUUGUAACGUCGUUCAAGAGUCAUUCCAUCUGACAUAAGCGCAUCGGUUCAAUUGUCCUCAAGAGUUCAGAGAUAGAUAUAAACCACGAAAACCAAGAGAGGAUAAAGCUCUUUUGAUAUAAAGUGCCUAAUUUCUUAAGAUGAAACUGAUAAAGAGAAAGAAGAUAAUGGAAGCAGUCUAACUAUUGCAGCGCUCCUUAAAUUGCGUGAUUUCCAGGUUCAGCACCAAUUAUAUGACAGUUGUAUUUAAAAACCGCUUCUCAUUUUUCCUGAUAUAAGAAUUAUUGUAAACUUUCACAGAAAGUUUGGAGUAUCAAGGACGGGAGUUCAAGGACCUCUUGCAUAAAUUGUCAAGAGAGAGCUUUCUGAACAGAUUUUUUGCAAAAAUGCACAAGAUUCUGCGCACGCCGCUCAAAUAAGUAAUUUUUCGGGUUAACCGAGCGGGCACUGGGGCUAUUCGAAGUGAAGAUUUCCGGAGACAUCCAGGCUUCAGAAGUGUUCUGUUUCAGUCUGUUUGUAGGGUAAGUUUCCCUCCCUGAUGUACAUGUAAGUUGUGAAGAAAAGUAACGUAAAAGAUGUUCAGGUCUUUCUCCCUUUGGUUAACAUUUACAGUUUGUCUAGCUAACAAUAUAGCUGAUUAUUUAUAAGGAACUACAUCUUUCUUCCAGAUCGUGUGCACAUGAUGUCCACUCAGUGAACUCCACGUCGGUCAUCUGGGAAAAGUAAGCUUAAUCUUACUACGAUGACUUUUAUUAAUAGGCAUUUUUCUUGUAAAAGAAAAGGUUGUUGCUGGUGGAAAUAUAAUUUUCUCUUUGUUUGAUGCUCACAAGACAAGUUUUAUCACUGCUUUAAUUUAGGCACUGCUGUGCGCCGCCAAAUUAUGUUCGCAAAGACCAUAUUUGAUAUCUCUUUCAGUCAAAUCGUGGAAUCGUAGCAGGGCUGCAAAUAAUUUCCUGGCUGGCGCCGGUCAGAUUGUCCGGUCAAACCUAUUUUUGCUCGGACAUAUCCCAUUUUUGGCCGGACAAACAUCGAUUACGUCUUAUUGCUAUAAAAGUGCCUCCUCCCCCCUCACGUGAUGUUUAAAUAUGAAACAAGUAACUUUUCAAAGCAUUUAUUGUACAUGAGCAUCGAUCUCAAUGCAGGAAAAGUGGAACGCAUGGUACAGCAAAAUCUGUAUCACAUUUGUGCGUACUACUAUUGCUUCAGUUCUGCGUCUUAUAUACGGUUAGUUAUGAAGUUGAUGAAAUUGACUGAGGCUUGCAAUCUAGUUGAUUUUAAAUGUUACCGUAAACAGGGAAGCUCUAUCCCUAAGAUGCGUGAUUGAACUUUUAAAAUACAAUAAUGGAAGAGUUCUUUUAGACAUCCGAGGACAUCAUCUUACGGAAACGCAGUUUGGACAUAUAACAAGGGAACACCCGGAUACACUGGAAAGGGUUUUCGAAGACGUUGAUGACUAUGUUCACAUGUUACCUGUUUAACUGAAGUCGUUACAUACCACAUUGACAGCAUUUGUCAAAAUACAAUUUCUUUCUAAUCCAUUGUGUUUCGACCUGUCAACGGUGAAACUUAUUGCAUUUUUGCUUCAGUCAAGUUUUAUAUAAACGACCCACGCAUCAUGCGUGACACGUAACCCAAUGAAAUCUGCGGUCAAUCGUUAGAGAUGAAUCGCGUAUUUAGACCUAUUUAGGCCAGGUAAAGUUUACAUGUUGUCAUAUCUGAAUUUGCUGCUAAAAAGGUUUGUUUCCCUAGAAAAUAGAAUGUUUAGUUAAUCGCGGUAUUUAAAGCUUAAGUGAUUAACACGGAAAUGUCGACAAGUAGACAAAUGAAUGUAAACUUGCUUUCUUGUUAUUGUUAUUUUCACACUUAAAUUUUGAAGACAAAGGGUGCCAUGACCCUUGUACUGACACUGAGAGGUUUUGUCGUCCUUCUCACAUCAUGUUUACAAAACCCACACGGACUAAUAAUAAAUUAAUUCACACCCGUGACCGGUACACAUUACCCUGGGUACCUGAGGUUUUUUCUCGCGUGCGUCGGGGAGCUUCGUGCGUGUUCGGCCGAAGGCCGAAGACACGAACGGCCACUUUUUAAGACUUGACCGAAACCGGAAACCGCGCGUGAAAAGCCUCUGGGUAGGUACACAUCUUUAAGACCCGCUAAUUUGCGGUGACGACUUGGUGAAUGACAAAGCGAAAAUGUGCAACGACAGCCGGAAAUUUUAUGACUACUACGAAUCAUUUAUUAAAAGGUCUAGUAGUUAAGUAUCCGUCUUUUCCCCUCCUUUUUCACAAACGCCAAUAAUAUUAAACCUUUAAAUAUUUAAAACUUGAAACUCUAAAUUUUUUCCUUACCAGCAUAAACGACCGGACAAAUUGUCCGGCCAUCUAAGGAUUUGCCAGGACAAAACCAAUUUUUGACCGGACAUUGUCCGUUGACCGGCCGUUAUUUGCAGCCCUGCGUAGUGAAAUGUAAGUAGGAAAAAAAGGCAAGAGGAGAAGAAGUAACUGCAGGGAUCACUUGUGUUAUUUGAGGUUGAAUCAGAAAUAUUAAAAUCACCCGUUUAUACGUAAAAAGGUGGUAAGUGAAUGAUAUUUUUGUUCAGCUUUGUAGAUCAGUUACCAAGAUACUGAAGAUGUCCCCACCUGAUAACACAAGAUUAAAAUUAUUACCCUGAAUGUAAGUUUAUAUUCUCUGUGACCUCUGCUGUAAGUGUGUUUUGAUGUAGAUAUGAUAUAUCUCUAAACCACAUAAUUAUUUUGGGCAAUUGCCCCUUGGGGCAGAAGGGGUGGGGGGGAGGGUACUCCCUAUGAUGACCUAUAGAAGGAGGUUGUGCUCAAUACCCUAUAGGCGCAUGAGCUACCCCAUAGCACGCUGCAGUUGUCAAAAUGUGAUUGGCGGUCGUAAUAGACAGCAUACAAGGUGGCAGAGGGCAAACAAUGAUUGAUGGGUUACCAGAUGCAAUUUUCUUAAAUAUAGUGUACUACAGUGUCAACAUGGUUUUUGCAUGUUAGAUUUUCAUCAAUAAGCAUGCUAAGAGACUUAGAGGAAUGAGAAUGUUUGAUCAGAACAUUAUUUAUAUUUAAGGAAGGCAGAGAAGGUAGAUUAUUAAGCUUUUGCCUUGAGCUGUUUAAUUUGAAUUCAGUUUUAGUCAUACAGAUAACAUUAAUUUAUUUGCAAUAAGCCAGCGAUUAAUGUUGAGCAAGUCUUCAUUCAGGAGAGCUGAAUGGAGUGGAUAUUACCAUUCAAAUAAGUCAGAUGGGUAUCAUCAACAUACAGUCUUUGUUCAAAAUGAAACAGCCAAUUGGGCAAAUCAUUGAUGUAUAGCAAAAACAGUAGAGGCCCUAAUAUUUUUCCUUGGGGAAUACCACGCUUGACGGUGCAACAUUCUGAAAGGGAACCAUUGACAAGACAUUUCUGAGUAUGAUUAUCCAAAUAGGAGGAAAAACAUUUAUGGGUAACACCUGAUAUACUAUAAAGAUGUAAUUUAGACAACAGGAUAUCAUGAUUGACUGUGUCAAACACUUUCUUAAGGUCAAGAAGAGCAACAGCAUUAACGUUACCUAUAUCCAUAUUACAGGCCUCUAAUAAGGCUGUAUUACUACUGAAUAGAGCACACGGAUUCCGGAUUGGUGCUUAGACAAAAUAUUUUGAUCUGAUAAAUUGGCAAAGAGUUGAUAAUAGAUAAUUCUUUCAAAUACUUUGCCAAUUAUAGAGAUAACUGAUAUUGGACAAUAAUUGUCCUUGUCGCUUCUUUUGCCGCUUACUUGAAUAGAGGAGUAACCCUUGUGGACUUCCAGUUGUCAGGAAAUAUUCAUAGAGGGUAUUACAUGGUGGCGUGAAGAUAUGAAUUUUAUUUUUGAGUGGCAAAACAAUAGUUUACGAUCAGCACAGCGAGUGAGUAAAAUAUUGUUUUUGCCAUGUGAAAAUAAAAUUCAUAUCUUCAAGCCGCUGUGUAAUGUUCUUUUUAUUAUAUAGACAAAAAGACAUCGAUAAAAUAAUAGAUUUUAAUAUUGGCCAAAAAGUAAUUGUGACGGCUCAAAUUUACAGUACAGCAAUAUAAGACAUUGUUUACAAUAAUCUUCAGAAAUAACACUGAGCUGAAUAGGGCACUACAGUGACAAAAUAUCAGCAAAGCUUUGAAAAAUGUGUAAGUAAAAUUCAAAAGACGCAAGAAGCCUACAAAUUUCGGAUGGAAAUUACGGAAAUUACGUCAUCAAUAAACUCACGUGUGAGAUUAUGGAAAAUAAACCACUCGGGUCCCGGAUGUAGUUUUUAUGAAUUUUACGAGUGGUUUAUUAAUCCAGUAAAAUUUAAUAUGUAAUAAUAUGAGGUGCAAAUUAAAUCAGCACAAUCUAUAAUAAGCUGACUAGAUAUUCCAUCUGGACCAGCACCUUGAGAUUUAUUUGGUUUUUAAAAAGAGACAACACCUAAUUACAAUCGGUGGGCAUGAAUUUGGACUCUUUUGCUUUAAAGGCCAGAGGUAUUUAAAUAUUUCUUGAAAACUGGAGCCAUUGUUUUAAGGUAUUUCGCAAGUCAGUUUUGGGCCAAUUGUGGAGAAGAGAUCAUGGAAAGUGUUUGACAAAGUGGUGGAAUUAGUUAUACAAACUCCAUUCAGACUUAAUUCCUUACCAUAUUGACCUGCCGGAUUGAUGGGAAGUAAGCUCAUUUAUGAGCUGCCACAUUUUAUGCAGGUCACCUUCAGAUUCGCUAAAUUUGUUUUUAUAAAAUAAUUCAAUAGCCUGUUUGAUUUUAGCAUUGACUUUGUCAUUGCAUUCUUUUAAAGCAGACCCAACUCUGCGAAUCAGAUUGGACCUAAUUGCUUAAAGUGUGUUAUCAGCGGUUAAAAAGGGAUACAAAGUUCUAAACUGGGUAUGUGAAAGGGACAGUACCAUAUUUUGUCAAAAGAAGGUAGACGAAAGGGCUACCUUUUCUGUCAGAAUGGUAUUUCAUAGGGUAAGGGGUUGGACCUCAGGGCGGAGCCUCCCGGCCUGUAUAGAACUUUGUUGAGUACCCCCUCCCCCGGGAGCAAUCCAUGGUGUUGUUGUAGUAAUUUGCAUGGCUUCAAAAUAGGAUUAUAUCUCAUAUUUUGAUGUCAUCCUUACCAUCUUUUUGUUGUUUUUAGGAUUUUAUGUCAGUUGAAUAAAACACAUGCAUACAAUGAGUUAGAUGGUGUGAAGCUAUCAAAGGAGAAGGUCAGUAAUUUAGCUGAGUUUAUUAAAUUGAUUGCAGUAAAAUGGCAAACGGAGUUAAGAUUGUAAGCUUAAUUAAAACGUUCUUGCAUCACUAUACCAUAUUAUGCCUUGAUCACUAUUUGUUUGAACCUCUAAUGACAUGGUACAGUCAAACCUUUGCUAAUAUAAUGGACCCCUCCCCUAAGCAUAGACUUCGUCAUGGUCCCAGUAACUAAUACUGAAGAUCAAGUGCAUUUUUGGUCGACCUUCCUUGAGUAAGAAUCUCUCAUAAAUUGCUCUUGGUCCUUGCAGACACUUACAAACACUGGAUAUUGAUCUUUGUGAAAUGGACCCCUUUCCAUAGUGAUAACUAGUUGUGGACCCUACCAGGAAGUUAGGAACACUGCAUGUUGACCUUUGUGAAGUGGAUAGACACCUCUACUAAAAUUGGACACUUAAACUAUUCAUGGACUCAGAGGCACUUACAAACACUGCAUUUGACCCUUGUGAGGCAAACACGCACCUCAAUCUCCUACCUGAAGGUGGAUGCUUUCCCUGGUCACUGUGGUGUCCACUAAGAGAGGUUUGACUCUCUAAAAAUAUGGCUGUGAUAUAAAGUAAUUUAUUGAUAAUUUAUGUUUCAUUAAGUUGUUCAAGUUAUUUAAUGUUCAGCUAGUAGUGAUCAUAUUAAAUUAAAUUUACACUCUUUAGGGAAUCUUUAACUGAGACUCAAUGGCGCAGCAUCAAGACCUUAAAAGAAAAGGAGGUGCUGAUCCUGAUCAUCAGAUGUCAAGAAAUCAUGUCCCUCCUCCUCUAAGUAUUGAAGUGCCUAAAAUGAGUGAUCUUCCAAACAAGUUAAACCCUUGGAGUGACGUCCAGCUUCCUGUUGACAUUUUUUUGUUGACAGUAGAAGACUGCGAAUUUUUAGCUUGUUAUACUUUCUUGAAAAAUUCUUUUAAAAGUUAUCACCAGACCCUGGGAUACGUGUACUUUGGGACCAUGGGUGAAAGUGGAGAAGAGACGCUGAAAGUUGCUUUAAUGAGAUGUGAUAAAGGUUCUUCAGGUCCAGGUGCCUCUCAAAUUGUUAUUAAAAAUGCAGUGAUGCAACUGAGACCCAAGGCUGCUUUUUCCAUUGGCAGCUGCAAGGGUGUAAACCCAGUAAACACCAAGCUAGGAGAUGUAGUGGUGUCCUCUAAGCUUUCAACUGAAGAAUUCACAACUCCAGUAAGAAGAAAUAUUGGCAAACUUAACUUGUUUUCAGCUGAAGGCUGGAAUCCACCAUUAAAAGAUCCAGGUGAAGAAACAGCAGUAAAGGUACACCAUGACAGUGACAUAUUCAGUGGUAGUCAAUUCAUCACCAAACAACAUCGUAUGUCUCAAUCACAUGUGAUUGCAGUUGAAAGGGAAGGGGAAGGUAAGAUUAUGUCCAUUAUUACUAUAAUCAUAACAAUACAGUACCUAAUAUUGCCAAUCAUGUUUGACUACGGGACAUGGUGACAGUGUGAUUUAAUUAUUGUGGGGUGUGGUAUUUUUAUUAUAUUAUUAUUGUGCCAGGAGCAUAAAUUAUUAUUAAGCAUAAAAGAUUGUAAAUUACAGUCACUACACUGCAGAGAAAAAUUCUGAGCUAAUUUGGCUGUGCUAGAUUCUUGUUCACAGUGGAUUGUAAGGAUCACCGUCUGUUUUUUUUCUUUCCACUUUCAGGACUGUUUGCUGCAGCCCAUGAUAUGAACAUUGAAUGGGGGAUUGUUAAAGGGAUAUCACAUUUUUCUGAUGAUAGUAACACUUCUGAUGAGUCCUGGAAGUCAUUUGCUUCCGUCAUGGCAGCUUCUGUUGUGUCCAACAUGUUAAAUGAUCCUGUUGUUUUUAAAGAAUGGCCUCACUAUGAAGGUAUGUCACAUCCCUGUUCUAGUGAUUGAUAGUUAUAAUAGUGAUGAAUUUUCUGUUCAGUUAUUUUUGUGUAAACUGUUUCAAUAUUAUCCUUGGUUCAAAUUUUUCUCUCUGUUUCAAACUCAAAUCAUACAAUUAAUAUUAAAAUACCAAAAUAAUAACAAAGACCAAAAGAAAAACUUGUUUUAGGGGAUUUUCAAAUUUAUAAUACUUUUCUUCUAUUCAGACUUGACAGCAAAGAAUCAGCCAGAGACAACCACAAAGCCAGACAUGCAAACAGAUACCUGUACUAUCCUGUCAAUAAAAUUACACUGUAUCCAGGAGCAUUUCCAGAUUAGGGCAUGUUCAAACACAAAAUGGCGAAAUAAUUCUCCUAAACAGUAAAAGCAAAUGACUCCCUGUUUUUUUGUCGUGUCCAUGCAGUUGUUAUUUCUUUGCCUUCUAUGAACCGCAGCAAUACUCUGCUCAGCAUGCAAAGCCUCACUAAUCUUGUUGUUGUCACUUUCUGUUCAUGACUUAUCGCAGUCAUGUGAUCUUUCUUGUUCCAAGGGUCUCUCCUCUUCCCAGGGGCUUCUCGGUUUUCAAAAUGGUGUCAGUUUUGUUUCCCCCAGGGGAUCGAGGGGGGGGUACUCAAACAAUAAGUGAGUAAUAAUAGUUUUGUAAUAAGUGAGCCGCUGAGGGUUUGAAACCUGACCCAGUUUAGGACAAAAAAAACCUUUAAUACAUGCCCUGUUUAGGACAACACCCGGCCUCACUUUUAUUACUUAUAAUGUAUUGUCUCCGACAAUUUUUAUUAAAGGACAAAAUGCACGCUGUCUUGUUUUUAAGCCAUUUAUUGGCAAUUUUAAUUAAGCAAAUUCACAUUAGAGUUAUUGCUUUUGUAUACUUUGAGUGCAAACAAUGUUCAUCAAGAGAAUCAGAUCAAUAGGGCAGGCAUUAACAAAUAUUACCCUGUCCAUAAUUAGGACAGACUCACACAAAAUUAUUUACCCGUUUUAAUUUGUACAUGUAGAACUCUUAGCAAUUUUUUUUGUCUUUGGACUCUUUACACCUUCAUCUUAACAUACGUUUCCCCACGGACGAGCUAUUUUCGGCGUUUGAUGAUGAGCUUGCGCGCGUACAUCACGCAAGCUCUGCGUGACAACAAUCUCGUCACCAGAGCCUUCAAAUCAGAUUAUGGCUGCGCAAAAAUCGCUGUGCGUUAGUGUGGAGUGCGUGUGACAACUCCACCUAAAGAAUUAUAGUAGGGAGGAUUACAAGUAAAAGAAAAAUUUGUAUUAUUUCUAAAUAAUUGUAGUCAUUUUGCUAAUUCGUCAUUUUGUUAUUUUGCCAUUUCGUCAUUUCAGCAUUUUGUGUUUUAAACACGCCCUUCCGGAUUAAAUGAUUGAUGAAUUAACACUGGUUUCAGUAGAAAUAACACUAAUCUUUCAAUAUAGUUGUUUUUCGCAUCUAGAGCACAGUUUUCUCAUAUUAUUGUGAGAGAUGUCUUUGCCAAGAGAGCAGUCUACUUUUGCCGGGUGUUUUAUAACCCCUUUUUUCUUUCCUGGAAAUUUUGCUGAAAAUGCUGUUGGAAGCUCAUUUUUUUUAUCCAUUUUCUGAUCGCUAUCUGGCCAAAAAGAUAGGCCAAAAUUUUCUAAAAUGCUGUAAGUCCAACACUACACUGCCUUUUGUUCCUUAUGCUAAAAUAAAAUUAAUGUAAGUGUUGUUUUGAAAAGAGACACAACCACCUCAACAUUCUGCUGUUGCUUUCUCUCCUCCCUACUUCUAUCACUUUCCCUGCCCCAUUUUUGCCUUAUCUUGGGGAUUUACUAGGCUUCUUUUAGGUGAGACACAUUUUUGGGAAAACAUUUAGCACCAUAGAAAUUAUUUUGAAGGAAGAGCAGAUGGGAAAUGAAACUUCUUGAAAACAUUCUUGUCUUUGUUUCAGCUGUGUUUGAAUUAUUCAAUAAUUUAGGAACUGUCUAAGGAAAUCCACAAAAUUGAAAAUGAUGUUGUGGUAUAGUCUCAGUCUAUCUAUACUAUCCACCCACCCACCCAUCUACAGCUAGCUCUGACCUGAUAUGAGUCACCCAUAGGUCAGUGGUUAGAGCAUCCUAUCGGUUUCUGGAAGGUUGUGGGUUUGAUUCCAGUUAAGGUUUUGGAGUUUUUAUUUUCUGAGCAUUUCUUUGUUGUACGUAAUAUUUAUUUUUGGCAAUCAUUCAUCCACGUGCUGUUUUCUCUUAUUAAUUUUUGUAAAUUGACUCUGCCCCUCCUGGUAAGGGAUGCUAGUAAUCAAGUGAAUCAACUACUAUUAAUUAUUGAAAAAAACCUUCUUGGAACUGACAAACGAUCCUUGUUAACAGGUGCUGAUGCUGUUUGCCUUGAGGAGUGCCAGAAACAGCUGCGAUCACUUUAUGAAACCAGUAGCAAAGUCAAAAUCAUUCCAUGGGACCAGAACUCUGCUGUUGAUAUUGAUGAGAUCUACACAGACUUGUCUUGGGUCAAGGAUCACAGGACACCCAGAGGAGUAACACAAGAAGAACUUAACCACUACACUGAGAUUUUCGGCAGUCGAGGCCCUCGUCCUGCGCCUAAGCGAAUUUUGGUUUAUGGACAGCCAGGUAAGUGAGUGAAUUGAGUAAGAAUUGUCUUAAGUUAAUUAACUGGAGAAUAAGUAUUCUCUGCCCUCACCCACUUUUAUUACUUUGCGUUCCCAACCAAAACCGCCAUGCUACGCAGGCUAGCGAAAAACAAGAACACAGGAACCCAUUGUUCUACUUGUAUAAUUAAUCCAGCAAUUUAUCAACUGGUGAUGUGCAGGUUUCUUGAGUCUUUUGCUGACAUUAUGUACAUUUCCAAGUGGGGUAAUUUUUUACCAUGCUGUCAAACCCAAUGAAAAGUUUGGUUUGUUGCUAUUGUAAAUAAAUAUUAUUAAAAGUUUAAACAAAGUUUUUUUGUUAACCAGUCUGAUAAUAAACAAUGUAUUUAAUUGGCUUUAGAGCAAUUAUCAUAACAUACACUGUAGACUCCAAUUAAUGUUGUAAUAAUGGUAAUAAAAUUGUGACUUAAUUAAUCUGAAAUUCAAGUUUAUUAAAUGUAUGCUAAAAGGAUAAACUAAAAAAAAUCUUUCAGGGAUGAAAUUGUACCACAACCUUCACAAUAGACUAAUGACUGGCAGUUUGGCCCAGUUCACGGUUGAAAGCCAUAGCGCAAGCCUGGGGUUAAAUUUUAACCCCGGUUUCUUUUUCUUUUUAACAAAAGAAUUUCUUGGAUAAUUUUUUUAAAUUUUUUAAUUUUCUUUUUAGAAUGUCGAAUCAUCAAAUUGUAGACAAAAAGAAUUAAACUGAAUUUGCUUUUCAAGCUUUCAUUACUGAAUUCAAAUUUCGCACUAACCCUGGGUUAUCUUAACCCAGGUUUGAACAACCUGGCCCUAAUAAUAAUAAUAAUGAUAAUAAAAAUAAUAAUAAUAAUAAUAAUAACUUUAUUUUAGUGUCAAUGUAUUAAGCUUAACAGUUAGCCAAUAAGGGACACUUUUCUAAGUGCUAGCACUAAUCUAUUACAUGAUUUUUAAAAAUAGUCUGUGACUAUGAAGGAUUCAGUUCCAUUGUCUUUAUCAUGAAUAAUUUUGAAUAUGUAAAUGAGAUACCAUUAUCGAUGAAUGAAACUUUCAUCUUUAAUCAAAGCUAUAAGAAUUCCAAAAUGCCUCCUUCGAGCCAGGGAAACUUCUUUUUGGCGUAACUAUAGAGGCAAAGGCUACCCAUAUGUUGUUCACUCUGCAUGUGGUAUAAAAAGUUUAAACAUAAUUCCGUAAAAAGAAAAAGAAGAAGAAGAAUUUUUCUUUAAGUUUUAUGAAAGUUAAAAAUUCACAUUUCGAUAUUUUAGAUUCCACGUCACGUCACUUCACAUGAUAAAAGUAAACUGACAAAUCUGUUGAAGACGUAUUGACAGUUUGUUCAUAUUGUCACCUAGGUAUCGGCAAGACUGUUUUCACGAAGAAAGCAACUUUUGACUGGUCCCAGCAGAGAUAUUCAGAAACAUUAGGAGCAUUCGAUCUUGUCCUUCUGGUGAGAUUACGUGACGUUAGUAAUCUCCAAGAUGUUCCGUCCAUUCUGGGGGCUUCUGAAGUGCUGGAUAGUAAAGGUGCAAUUUCCGUAGACAACCUGUAUGAUUACGUUUGUCGCCAUCAAGAAAAAGUAUUGCUUAUCUUGGACGGCUACGAUGAGUAUGUUUAUAGUUCAAAAAACGAGUCUCCUGUCUUCCAAAUCUGGAAAAAAAGUCAGUUAAGAGGUUGUUGUGUUGUAAUUACUUCACGGGAAAUGAAAGCUGAGACGUUGAGAAAUUGUAGUGAUGCUCAAUUCAAAAUUGACGGCUUCAAUCGUCAACGUCAAGAAGAGUUCGCUCGUAGAUUUUUGAAAGAUGAUGAAGAUAUUGAAGAGUUUUUUAUGUACUUAAGGCAGCACAACCUAAGUGAACUAGCACAAAUUCCCCUACUGCUCUUAAUGUUGUGCUUGCUCUGGACGAAAACAACACGUGAAGAACUACCAAAAGAACGCGCAGACAUCUUCGCCCAGUUCAUGACGACCAUGUUUGAUCACAUGUGUGAAAAACUGUCUGCUGAACCGGUUUCUGCCAAAGAUUACUCCGAUGAAUUAUACGGAUUAGGACGCUUGGCCUUUGAAGCCCUUUUGCAAGGCCAGCUUUAUUUCCCUGUUAGUCGGUUACCUGCUGGCUACAGUUUGAUCGAGAGGCUGAUUGAAGUCGGCCUUUUUCAGGUUUUAAAUAUGGCGAGUUUGAAUCGUGAAAAAGGCGUGUACUUUAUUCACAAAUCCGUACAAGAGUACUUGGCUGGAAAUUUCCUGAAAGAAGAGCUGACAUCUAAAAAGGCUGAAAGUACAAAUUCCCUCUUAAAGUUGGACUCAGUUAACAAGAUCCGAGAGAUGAUUGAGGUUUUAAAAUUUGCUGUUCAGUUGUCAGAAGAAGCCGCGCGCGACAUUCUGAUUCAACUUGGAAUGGCGGCGAAGAAAGCAGAACUGACAGAGUUUAAAUUCGACAACGAAACACCGUCACAGGAGGACUUGUCAAAAGAACAAAGACAUUUUAUUAAUCUUUGUAAUCAGUUAUUUUUCUACUGCUCAGCUGAGACAAGAAAAAACCUCUUUCCUACAUUUCUUUCCUCUUUAGGAGGAGUUCUUGUAAUUGAUGAUAAGCAGCUAAAUAUUAUCGUACAGGAAAAAUUAGUUCAAACUACCGAAAAACCCAACUACGUUUUUUUUAAUGAAAACUAUAUCUAUACAGAGCAGGACUAUAGUAAUUUAAUCAUUUUAACACAACAAUUAAACGCAGUUACUGUUAGCUCUGCAGGAGAAAAGAAAGCAUCAGAAUUUUUAAGCAACUUAACAUGGCGUAGCAUUGAUGAAUUUUUUUUAAAGAAAGAAGAAACCAACACUCACCUUUAUUUAGCUGAAAUUGUUAAAGUUGAAGAGGAACACAUUCCUUUUCCUUGUGAUAUAAUCAAGGCGCUUAUUAGUAAACAAGAGACAACAAAGAAGACAAACAUGAAUGGUGAUGAGUCAAGUGAAGAGAGCAGCAGCAGCUGUUGUUCAAAGCGUCAUGGUCUCUCCAGGGUUUGUUGGAUUGAAGCUCUUGAUGUGAACAGGUCAGAAGUGGAACUGAUCAGUGAGAUCAUGCAGUUUAUCACCGCUCCACACUGGAUAUGGGUUCGGGGUAAAGACGGUGAAGUGUUUGAUGCUGAGUUAACAGAGUCUCUGAUGAGGAGCAUCCCAAUAACACACAAACUGAAGAAAUUAAACCUCCAGGAUAUCAAUGUAACAUCAUCACCUGCUGUGGAGUUGUUCAUCAACAAUGUAUUUAAAAAAGCACCAAACUUGGAGGAGCUCGACAUGUCAUACAAUCCUCUUCCGGGUGCAGGAGUAGACAGCUUGAUUAAACAUCUCAGCUGCGCUCCUCACCUGAAGACACUGAACCUUAAAGGAGUGAAGAUGACUCCACAGCAGGUGAUGGAUCUGUCAUCAGCCAUCAAGCAGCACGGCAACAUCACUUAUCUGUGGUCAUACUACCACGUAAGUUUUCCAAUUUUAUCACUAUUUGUUUCUUUAUUCUUUGUUUACAGUUUAUUUCUACUCAGCUCUUGCCUUUCGCCAUUUUGAUUUCUUUGUCAUUUUUAUACUCGACAAAACACGAGAUUUACUUUUGAAAACAAAUCACAAACUUUAGCAGAUUCAAAGUAUCAUUUCAAAUUCAUUCCCUUCAACCGAUUAAACUAAAUUCAAAAAAAUGUUUUAACCGAGAACAAGUAAAUUAAUGUGAAGGUGUUUUCACUGUGCAAAAUAAUGGAUCAGCGAGCAGAUAUGAAAUUUCUCUUCGAGUCUGGUUCAACUCGAUAUGAGCUCACUUAACAAACUUGUGAUAUAUGUAUUAACACAAAAAUUCCAUAGUAUUAAUUUCUCAAUCAAUUUUAAUUCAUUACUUUUUAUAAAAUGAUGAAUAACAAGCAUAAAGUCAAAAUAUGUUCUGUUCAUGUUGAAUUCAAACAAACAAAAUUUGCAAAUAUCAAGAGAAAAAAGGUUAACCACUUACAGUUUCACUUUUAUCGCUAAGGUUUUCGUAAAAUCAGCUAAACUCAAGUAAAGUUUCUUUGAGUGUCCAGAAAACGAAGAAGUCUUUUUAGAGCUGUCCUUUUGUUUGAAUGUCCCUUGCGUUUCGGUAAAUGCUUGUCCUCCCGUAAAUAAUUUCACGGUAGCGUAGGUUUUUGAGAUAGCGUUCCACAAAAAAUAUAAUUCCUCUGAGACACUUUGGUUGAAAUUUAACACCAUACAUUUAAUCAUAGGUAAAAGCACUCCUCUAUGGUACUAGCUGUCUAUUUUUGUCGGUUACUUGUUUUCCAGUUUUACGACAAACACAACAAAUCCUGCGUCACUUCGUGUCUUGUAUGAAUGAGUUGAAGUUCAUAAAUGUAGUUUCCUUUAGCUUGCACAAAUCCUUUGAUAAAUUCCUGAGUACAUGAGACGAAUUUUUUGUUAACUGGCAUUUUACGGUGUUUUCUCAUUCUUUUCGUGUCCAUCUUGAGUAUUUUUGCGUUGAAAGUUUUCUUUGAUGAGCAAACUCGACUGAAGUGAACAACAAACUACAAAAUCAACAAACUGUCAUUCAAAGUGGCGUAAGAGAAGGCUUGUGACGUGGCGACAGCUGAUUGGUUAUAUAACUACCCACGUGGUAGAAUUUCCCCGCCUUUUGUUUGGCAGCGCAGCAAGCGUUUCUUCGCGUGUCUGCAGAUUUCUGCGCCUCCCCUCCCAACCCCCACUAUUAUGGAAAAACCGAUCUGUGAGAAUUUUAUCAGACUAAGAGAUCAUGAUGGGAUUAUGCAUGAUCUCUUGAUCAAAGUAAUUUUCCAAGGUUUCAAUAAUUCACACUUGUAGAGUAUAUUGUGCGAUUUUGCUGUUUUGAAAGUCUUGGGUUGAAAAGUAGAAUGUGCCGGGUCUUUAAGCUGCGGGCACCUUCUGGCAUGCGUCUAAGAAGCCAGAUGUAUUUUUUGUUCGUUUUGUCGUUUCCCCCUCUUUUUCGUAUUUUUAACUCCUUUUUUCAACAGAACUUUAAUUCGUGAGGCCCUGGGUUUUUUUGCAUGUAGGUAAUUUCUAAACACUAACGCACGAAGAUUCGGAAAUUUGGGGUUCACAAGGAAAAAUCAGUAACUUGCCGCGGCAGCAACCUAAUUUUGAGACACUCACUAGAAAGUUUUUUUGGCACACCAGUACUCGCAAGACCAUUCACCGUACGAAAUUACAGUUUAAGGCAUGUAGAUUUUAAGACCUUGAACUAGAAAAGGCCUUGGAACGGACUGAAAAAUGAGCAAAAUUUCUUGUUUAGUCCUAAAUUUAGCUUCACUAAAAUAAUAGACUUGACUAAAUUAAAGAAGAAAAACAGUUUUGUCGCAAGCAGAAAUUUCUAUAGUACUAGUUUGACUAUGUGUUGUAGAAUGACCUCUUUUCGGGGUGAAAUCAGCUUGAACCUUACCCAGAUUGGUCUCUAGGGGGGGGGGUAACAUUCUAGUUGUCCGAUGAGUAUUCACGUCCCCUUCACAUAGUAGUUAACCCCAGGGGUUAUUUUUACCCUUUCAUUGCUUAUCACUUAAAGAAAGCUUUUAGACUACAAUUUCGAUCUUUUAAACGUUGCUUUAAAAGUUGAUUGGUGUUUGUGUUAUUUUGUGAUUUGUUGUAGGUUUAUGGGGAAAGCGGCAACCCUAAGCCUGAACAUGAAUGGCCAUCAGAAGAAGAUUGGAAAAGGUGGUACCCCAGUCUCUUUUCUCACUCAUCAAAUGAAUCACAGCCGAAAAAACAACAGGUUGGUAAUCAACUUUGCCAAAAAGAGUAUGCUUUUUCUUCACCUUUUCAGGAGUUCACAUAUCAUAAGGUGAAACUGGGGGAACAUGCAGGAAAUGUGUUUUGUAUCACAGUAGUUUCAGGCUCUUUGUUUUGUCUUGUCGCGAUUUCAUAAAAACUGAUUCAAAUCAAAACAGUGGAUUUGAAUAUAUGUCUUAUAGUAACAAGUUAUAGCUCACUUCUUAAUCUUAGUUUUAGUCAUACCAAAACGGUUCUGUUACAAAGAUGGCUUUUAAUUGUGGACGUUACUGUCCGAACAAUAUUGCAACGGACUGCGAUCAAUUUCGGAAAUACCUCUCGUUUUAAAAGCGACCUUCAUAGGUGUUUUACCGUUCGGGAAGUCGAUUUAAUCGUUUUAAGGGCACUUUGAAAAAACUUGCUGAUUUUCGUAAAUGAAUGUUUUACAAGCCGGAUUUUGGAAGAAAAUGUGGAUCCUUGUGAUUUUAAAUGACUUGAAAAUUUCACCGUUAUCGCUGUAGUUGAGCAUUUUUACGCAUUUUAAGCGGCAAACAUGGAGCUGAAGGCUUGGAUCAAACCAGUCAAUAGUAGACUGAGGUUCUGUCUUUGUAUAGUUUUGUUUCUACGACUUACAGAAGAGUUUCUUUUUGCCCAAUCAUCUUAUUGGCUCAUGAACUCCUAGCCUGUUCCAGGAGUUCAGAUAGUGGAAUGUGCCACUCUCCACUAUCUGAACGCCAGGAACGGGGUCUCAUUAACUCUUGUUUUCUUUUACCACUCGCACAGAUUCUGGCAGAGACUCCUCCCCUCGGUAUUCACGAUUCACCAUUCCCCGCUGACGAACAAGACACCGUGGGAACAUUUCCAGCGCCUCCUAAUCCUACUGGUAAGGUUUUUUUGUCCCCUACCCCCCUUCCCCCAGUUCCCCGCCUUCCCAAUCACAGAUCAUCGGUAACAAAACCUAUUGGCGACUAACACCCUGAUCACUAACAAGAAGUUGUACAUGAGUUCGUUGCGGUCAGAUGUCAGUUUUCUUUUCUGAGAUUUCCUUUUUUUAAUAAUUGCGGUGUAGACAUGCGAAAAGUUGCUGUUGUUACAUCCUGUCAUGAAAGAAAUGGGAUUUCCACGACUGUUUAUUCAUUAGUCUGUUUAUAGACCAAAAAGAUACUCUACGCAGUACUACCCGGCAUGAGCAUUAGGCCUUGCCGCCAUAUAUAGAAACGAAAAGCAUGUUAAUAGUUAGAACAGUCACUGAGGAAGUUUAAAAGGAAAUGAUCCUCUUUCUCCUGUUCCGAUGUUGAUAUUUUCUGGUGUUACCCAAGUGAGCGUUGUUUGCACAAAUUAUUUAAACUUAAGUAGUAAAACGAGGGGGCAUGACAUUAAGAAAAGAUAAAUGUUCUAGAAGUCUAUCAGUCUGAAAUCGGUGGUUUCCUUUAUACCAUCAUGUGACGUGAGAUACUUAUUUCUGCCUUUAGCUGAUCCAAUGUUAGCAGUGCCGUCCAUUCCUACAGUGCAUGGAUCCAAUCACGGUCUGACACCUGCUGCACCCUUCAGUGGUACCCCCCUUCAUAACUUUCAGUAUCCACAGCAUUACUCCUCCCCUGAUAUCCACACCUAUCACCACAGUAUCCCAUCCACCAUCUUGACACCUGGAGGAUCCUCGGGUUAUGAUUCGUAUCUUUUCAGAGGUUCUGGCCUGUCUACGGUCACACAGGACGGGCCCGAGGUGGGUUGUUUGUCUAUUAAUGAGGCAAUGAGGUUGUAUUCACGAAAUUGUUAUUAAACAUUGGCUAGGAUUUACAUUUGCCGAGAGAGAUUUCAUGGAACAGGCGCCUUCUCAAUAAAAAACGUUUUAAAAGGAGAGUUAUUCAACUUCGCUGGGCUAUAAAAGUGUUAGAACUCGACGUACAACCCUGUAACUAACCUCUCUAUUAGGCUAAAAACUCUGCCGGUAAGACGGACACUGGGUGCUAGUUUUCCAAUCAUUCUACUGUAACUAAACUCUAUAUACUAGUAACACGCGGACAGCACUCUCUGACGGACAAUUGGAGUUGGUAUCCAUCUUAGAGAGAGUUAACUAUAGACAGAAAGGCUCAUGCUCAGUAUAUCCAAAGAGUCAGCUGGUUAUUUCCCAGAUCAUACACUUAGUUGAGUGAUCUUAAAACUGUCAAAUGAUUGUUAGCCGGAGAUUGAUACACGUUUACUUUGGUUCCGUACCGAUAUUGAUUAGUCUUUCUUUGGUCCCUUGUUAGAGGGACACUCUCCUUAGUACUCAGGACGUGCCGUCACACAAUCCUGGAACAGCGAGAUCAGUUCCAGAACCUCUCCAUUCUGCUGGUAAGGUUUCCAUCCGUGUUACAACUAAAACAAAGUUCUGCAAUUUAAUAGGCUAGUCACACCAUGACUGACUUGAGUACCAAUGAGACAAUGUACAGGACUUAACGUAGUGCUGUAACUUGUAUUAAACGGUCCUGUCUUCCCUACUACAAUACACAGAUACAGGCCCGGGUGUUUUUAAUAGUUGGAUAGCGCUAUCCACCAGAAAAAUCACUAACCAGAGGAUAAGUAUUUGAAAAAUCGACACCUUUAUCCAUUAGAUAUUGAGAUACCAAGUGAACAGCACUAUUCACCUUUUUAACAGCUAGCGCUGAGGGCACUUUUCUCCUACAGUCUGUCUUCUAAUAUCUCCAAACUGGACUUUUUCUUGUGUUGACUUAAGUGGGCGUUGCUUUAAUUUCUAAUAUUGUACAAUAACCUAAGAGGGCGUAUAAUGCUAGAAAAGCCUAAAAGGAGAAUACUUAAAGAACACGAGUGUGAAACCUGUCGUUUACACUGCACCUUUAUGUUAACUCGUGGGGUCUUAAUUUUUAUUUUAUUUUCUCUAGGAGCUCCCAUUCCUACGUCGCAUUUCUUCAGCCACAGCCUGGCACCCUUCAGUGAACAUCCCCUCCGUUACGGAGUGCUGGAAUCACCAUUGCAGUCAUUGCAACCGCGAAGUACAAUUCCAGGGUACCCGCAUCCCCGCAGUUCUGGCAUUUCUACAGUUGCUUUCCCUCCUGUUCACUCUGGGUAUCUUCCCAUGCGUGGAAUGCUGGAACCGCCACAACAGAGAGUUCAGCCCCCAAAUACAAUGCCGUUUGAUUUAAAUCUCGCAGGUUCCGCUGUCACUUACCCGCAAGAAAUCCCGGCAUUUGUUCCCCCACUUGGAAUGCAAGGAGCGCGUCUCCAGGGAUUGCAAUCGCAAAUUACGAUGUCAGAUGAUCCAUAUCUCAUUGGUCCUGGCGUAUCAACCCAUACCCACUCCACAGUUAAUUUGGAAAGUCUCCUCCCUCAUGAAACGCUGCGAUCCCCGCAGUAUGGAUUUCAUUCGCAAAGUGCAAGUCCAAGUUAUCCGCAACUUCAAUUUAGUGUUCCUGUUACGUCUUCCGUGAUACACACGCCAGUAAUCCCCGGAAACCGCAUGAGAGCCCCACAGCUGGCAUCGCAGCCACAAAGUACAAGUUCAGGUGAUCCUUAUCUUAGUGGUCCUGUCACGCCUUCAGUCACGCACCCGCAAGUAAUCCCCGGAUAUUCCUACCCGUAUGGAAACUGCAUGAGAACCCCACUGCUGGCACCGCAACCGCAAAGUGCAAGUUCAGGUGGUCUACAUCUUAGUGGUCUUGUUACGUCUUCAGUCACGCACCCGCCAGUAAUCUCCGGAUAUUCUAACCCGUACGGAAACCGCACGAGAGCCCCACUGCAGGCACCGCAGCCGCAAAGUGCAAGUCCAGGUGAUUCGUUUAUUAGUGGUCCUAUUACGUCUUCAGUCACGCACCUGCCAGUAAUUUCCGGUUUUCUUUCUCCGCACGGAAUACGAAGUUCGCCACUGCCUGGUAUGCAGGGAGGAACUUCAGAAGUUCAACACGAACGAAAUCCUUCGACUGAAUCUGGUACUCGGCCCAGUCAAUAA